AGGGUUUCCGGUUCCGCCGGCUGGCCGCCGCUGCUAGGCAACCCCGCGCGCAAUGGCUGCCACGGCGAGCCGGGCGUGGAGGGCUGCGAGGGCCAGGCGGUGGCUUUGCCGGGGCAGCCUGCCUCCGUGGCUGGGCGACAUCCCGCCGGAGCAGCUGCUGCGGACGGCGACGGUGGAGGAGGAGGAAGAGGCGGUGGCGGCGGCGAGGCCCCCCGAAGAAGGCUCGGUGCUCCUUUUCCCGGGGCAGGGCAGCCAGCGCGUGGGCAUGGGCCGCGGACUGCUGCGUUAUGGGGCCGCGCGCGAGCUCUUCCGCGUCGCCGAGCGCGUGCUGGGCUACGACCUGCUGGGCUUGUGCCUGGGCGGGCCGCGCGCGGAGCUCGACCGCACGGUGCACAGCCAGCCCGCCGUCUUCGUCUGCUCGCUGGCCGCCGUGGAGAAGCUGCACCAGCAGCACGGAGCGGUAAUUGAAAACUGCGUCGCAGCUGCUGGAUUCAGCAUUGGAGAAUAUGCAGCACUUGUUUUUGCAGGAGCUAUAGAGUUUGCAGAAGCUUUAUAUGCAGUAAAGGUACGUGCUGAAGCCAUGCAGAAAGCAUCAGAAGCUGUUCCCAGUGGAAUGCUGUCUGUUAUUGGUCAACAUAAAUCAGAUUACAUUACUGCCUGCGUAGAAGCUUGCCAACACUGUAAAUCAGUGGGCAUAGAAGAUCCUGUGUGUGAAGUUUCAAACUACCUGUUUCCUGAUGGCAGAGUCAUUGCGGGACACUUGCAGGCUUUGGAGUUUUUGCAACAAAAUGCCAAAAAAUUCUCAUUUGCACGUAUGAAAAUGUUGCCAGUCAGUGGAGCUUUUCACACUCAACUUAUGGAGCCGGCCGUCAAACCUUUAUCUGAAGCUCUUGAAUCGAUCAGCAUUCAGAAACCUCUCAUCCCCGUCUAUUCAAAUGUGAACAGCCAGCGGUACAUGCAAUCAAACCAGAUUAAGUGUAUGUUAGCAAAGCACCUUAUUUCGCCAGUGAAGUGGGAACAGACAAUGCAUGCCAUUUAUGAAAGGAAAAAAGGAGUAGGGUUUCCUUACACUUAUGAAGUGGGACCUGGAAAACAGCUUGGAACAAUACUCAAAAACUGCAACAAGAGAGCCUGGAACUUUUAUAAAAAUAUUGAUGCUUUAGAAGAUUAUGAAGAAGAAGAAACAUAGAGGUGCCCGCAAAAAAAAAGAUUUCACAAUGAAUUUUGCUUCUCUGCCCUGCUUAAUGUUAAAUGGGCAUGACCGCAGGGGAACUUCAUAGGGGUACCAUCAUAGUCUGUGAACAGAGAACCGAUGCGAAGACAUUCCACCUUCAGGCAGAGCUGCACACAGAAAUUGUGUGGUUAAGCUAUGUGCUAUGAAUGAAGAAAAUGACCAUCAAAUGACGUUGUGCGUCCUGGUCCUUCGAGCUGAAAGACUUUCCCUCAGGAAGCCUUCUAAUAUAAUGGUCCCAGUGACAAGGCUUUUGAAAUCUUAUACAUGUAAAUUUAGCUGUCUUUGUUGAUCAUUUUAAAUAAACCAAAGACUUGUGAGGA